GCCGAUUGACCCAGUCACAUUUCCCCAAGCGCCUCGGGUCAGCACAUUAUUCCAGGAGGUCAGCCGGUUGACCGACCUACUUCACCACUUUGUUCUGCUCUCUACGCAGAUUUCUCCUCAUCACUGUCCUUUACAAACGACCCAGAGCUGGACUCGAUUACCAUAACGACGACGAACAAAGCUUUUGCCUCGAGGGCGUCGACUCCGUAUAUAUCUCAACCCUUUAGUCCCUCUUGCCGUCUCACGUCAGCACAAGCGGCUUGUCGGGAUUCGUGAAUACUUCGGGAAUCCCUGUCCGACGUUGCACGCCCUAGAGAAGCUGAAAGACCUUACUAAACAGUCAUGGCACCAUCGAACUUCGAGCCGGUGUCGCCCCUUGACAUGACUGCUAAAUCCAAACCGUCUCGCACGUCUGGACCCGCCAUUGAAGACUUCAGCGAGAAAACAGAUGUCAAAGCGACAACCCGAUCACUGCGGACAAACUCGACAGCAUCAUCUCGAUCCACGAACCCGGUGCGCAAAACUCGCUUCGCCGAAGCGACGUCUGUUUUCUCCCCCGCCACUGGUCCCGGCGAGCAUCAAUCUCCGUUUGCAGACCCCAACAUGGACACCAUCAACGCUGCCCCCAAGCCUGCAGACAUGGGCUUUGGCUAUAUCUCAGACAACCAACCCGUUGAACAAUAUGUCACAAUCAAAACCGAUCCCAACGGGUUCGCUGGCGUGCCACUCAAAUCCGCACUCAAAACGCCCGGCACAUCAAAUCGACUGCUUAACCCUCUCAGCCCAACAUUCCGUGAGGAACAGGUCUUGGAGAAGGAAGAAAUGAAGACCGAUGAGCAACAGGCCAACGAUCUGAAAGUCAAAACCCGCGUCCGCAUGGCUAAAUUGGUCCUCCGUGGCGUCAACUUCUCCUGCUCACUCAUUGUUCUCGCCAUGCUCAGCACCGUCCUGACGAUCUUCCACGCGACCAAAGCGAUUCCACCGCGCAACAAUCUGACAGCAUGGGCGCCCAAACAACAGAUAUGGCCACAGAUUGUUGUGUUGUCCAUCUCCUGCGUCUCACUCCUGUUCUCAGUGAUCGUCCUCGUUGCAUACUGCAGAGGCGGUCACAACCGCGCGCAAAAGGUCGCAGUCUACUACACCAUGUUCGGAGUCGGGUGGUUCAUGUUCAGCGUCAUCAUGUGGCUUGUCGGGGCCGCCGUCCUGCACGGCAGCAAAGCCAACGGCGGCGGCGUUGACAUGUGGGGUUGGUCGUGCAAGGACAACAAGCGCAAGCAAUUGUUCCAAGACGAUGUGCACUACGCGCUGGUCUGUAGAUUGCAGGACUGGAGUCUGGUGUGCUGCGUCAUCGAAGUCGUGGUCGAGGUCAUCGUCAUUGCGAUCUAUGGCAUUGUCUUCUACCGCUUCUGGAGCAAGAACAGGCUGCGAAAGAGCAUGAAUGCCCGAGACCGCGCACGCACGGACUUAUACCUUGCACAACUGAGGACUCAAUCUGCACCAAAUACGCCCGGAUUUGCGAGUAUGACACAGCAGACGCCACGGACGCCGGGAUUUCCGUCGCAGCACUCGAUUCACUCGCCUGGCGGUAAAGAUGUUGAGGCGGGUGUCUAUCCGUACUCGCAGGCACAAGAAGCAGCACGCCAGCCUUCGCCUCAAUUUGUGGCCGUGUCGCCGCAGUCCAACUCCAACACGACGAGUUCGCCGUUCAGGUUGCAGGCUCCGCCGAUACGAGUCCACAACGCGACACCUAAGUUGUCGGCGUCCGAGGGAUUUCAACGACAUGAUAUGUCGGCGUCACCUCCUCCGCCACCAAUGUCCCCACCGCCCGAGGAUAGAGUACACCAGCACUUUGGCGCCGCACCAGGCGAGCAGACGUAUGAUGCUGUGCCGAUUCCGGGCGCGUAUGUCCCGCCUUCACAGCUGGAGCGGAGUCAGAGUCCGCCUGGUCAGGCUUAUUGAGUCUUUGGAAACGGAAAACACUCCAAGUUUGGGAUCUUCUCUGGAAGGGCGCUGGCACGGUCACAUGGGUAAAGGAGUUGAUCAUGUCAUGGGGUAGGAUUGAGUAGGCUUGUGCCCCAUCGUUUAUACUACUUCUCUUACACUCAGAUGUUAUAGCCAUGGAUACUGUAGCCUGGUUUUUCAAACCUAAUU